UAGGGAGGUACCUAGAUAUUGGGACGUCCUGCUACCCAAGUCGUAACUUUAGCACUCGCAUCUACCUGCGUACAACACUGUACACUGUUCAUACCGCGUCCGUAUGGCAAGAAUCACACAAUUAGCUGCGCUUUGCGCGGCGAUCAUUACCCAGGGGACCGACGCUGCUGUUACUUUCGCGGUCCCAAGCAAGGCUGGCGACGGAGGGCACUCCUACGCACCACUCGACCCAGCACCCCUGGGCAUCUCUUUCGAGUUCUUUGCCUUUCCGUCGUAUCUCACCAAUGUCACCGCCACAAAUCAAUGUCUGUCAAACUGGAAAGACCUCACUGGGGUGUGGCCGCCGAUUCGCAUUGGCGGGACGACGCAGGAUCGAGCCUCAUUUGACGCGUCAACUUCGGCCUACGUAGUAUACUCGGUGGCAAAUCCGGCGGAUGCGCCCAUGACAUUGACCUUUGGGCCAAAGUUCAUGACUCUUGCUGGGACUUAUCCCGGAAGCGUCGUGGUUGGUUUGAACAGGGGAAAGAACAAUAUUGACAAUACGAUUGCCGCUGCAAAGGUGGCCGUGUCUGAAGUCAAGAACUUGUAUCCAGAUUACCCCAAGGACGGCCAGCCCAUUGCCCGCGGAACUUGGAACCCCUCCGUGGACGCUUCGUCCCAGGUAGACUGGAACAUCCGGGUCGGCAGUGCCGUCGGCAAGAACAACAUCAUCCAAGCCGGAAACUGGAACCAAGCCCCUCCAGAAUGGGGAGCCGCGCAGCUGAUCGCCAGGGAGAACGCAACAUCCAAGCCAUACGUGCGGCAUUAUGCUCACCACAACUACCCCGGCGGCGACGUCCAGAAGCUUCAGACGCACUCCCAAACAGCCAGCAACGUGCGAAGCAUGUUCGCCGCCGACGUGGCCGCAGUCAAGCAGCAAACCGGCAAAGAAUACAUCCUCGGCGAGACCAACUCCGUCUCCGGCGGCGGCGCGGCCAACGUCUCCCCGACCUUCGGCGCGGCGCUCUGGACGAUGGACUACGCGCUGCGCGCGGCCACGACCAACAUCUCGCGCGUCUACUUCCACCACGGCACGGUCGGCAACUGCCAGUACUGCUUCUGGGGCCGCUACAGCAUGGGCGCGCCCUACUACGGCGCGACGGCGGCCGUGGCGCUGACGGCGGGCGCGCGGACGAUUGCGGCGCUGGAUGAUGAGAGGGGGAAUGAGGGGGUGUAUGUGACGUUUGAUGGGGAGGGCAGGCCGGCCAGGGUGUUGUUGUAUAAUUCGGAGUAUUAUGCUGGGAGCGGGAGGAGGGGGGUGCAGGUGUUUACGCUGACGGGGUUGGGGGGUGGGGAGAGUGUGCGGGCGAAGAGGUUGACCGCGCCGAGUUCGUUGGCAAGGGCGGAUCGCGGGGAUGAUAUCUCGUUUGGGGGGCAGCGGUGGACGGAUGGGACGUGUGUGGUUGCGGGGGAGGAGGUGUUUGAGACGGUGGGCGUGGAGAAUGGGCAAGCUGCGUUUGAGGUCAAGGCGGCGGAGGCGUUGUUGGUUUAUUUGUAGUUGAAGGUGUGGGGGGGUUGUUGAGUA